GUGGCUCUGUCUGAACUGUCAGACCCAGCGGCUGAUGUCCGGAGGACUCGGAGACCCCUCUCCUGUUCCUCAUCCGUCUCCAAAGCACCAACCAAUGGGAUCUCCACGCCACCUGGCACCAGCCAGUCAGCAGCCAGCUCAGAAGCCGCCCUUCCUGAAAUCGACCAAUCAGCAGCAGCAAGGGCCAAGAACGAUGCAGCCUCAGCCGCAGAAGCCACAGACAGGCCUGGGGAGCGGACCUUUCGCAGUGAAGCAAUCCGGGGACACAAAGGCUCCUGUCCAGCCCACACCUUCCAAUGAGCCCCCAAAACAACCGAAGGCCACGGAAGAGACUAUGCCAAAGUCGGAGGAGCUGGUGGAACCUGCCAUAGACACCAAACUAACUCAGAAGAAGGGAGAGCCAAUCACAAAAGACCUAAAGAAGUCAAGACAUUAUGACGAGACCAAGAACAGCACUCAAGACCUGUCACGAAGCCCCCAGAGCCUGAGCGACACCGGCUACUCCUCGGAUGGCAUCUCCAGCUCCCACAGUGAGAUCACCGGCCUCAUCCAGGAGGAGGAGAUGAAGCUGAGCGAAAGGGGCAUCAGCGGACGUGGCAGCCCCCCCAGCCCUUCCGAGAUCACCAAGCUGGAGAGUUCCAUGAGGCCCCUGCUGGAGUCCAAGACCCUGCCGGCCGAGGAGAGGGAGCGCGAACGGGGCCGGGGCAGGCACCACCGAGAGCAGAGGCCCCGGUCGCUCUCCAUCACCCCAGAGGCCUACGACUCUGAUGAGGAGCUGGAGGACAUUGUGGAGGAGGAGGAGGACGGAGGGGACUGGGAGUCCAAACGGGAGCACAAGAGCAGUGCCGCUCCCAAGGACGAGAAGAAAGUGGCCGAGCCGGUGCCAAUGACAGAUGAGGAGUUCAUGAGGAGGCAGAUCAUGGAGAUGAGCGCAGACGAGGACAACGAAGAAGAGGAGGACAUGGAGGAGGAGGACGAGGAGGACGAAGGCUACGGCUACCAAAAACCGAAAAAGACGCACAAGCACAUCUCGGAGUCAAUGAAAGAGAAACGCCGCCUAUCUCACCACUCCAGCAGCUUCGAGGAGGAGACCAAAAGCUCCAGUGACAUCUACAAAGGUUCUGCGGAGGAAGGAGAGGAGGGGGGCCUGGGGGGCCUGCGCCGCUUCAAGACCAUUGAGCUCAACAACACCAACAGCUACAGCCAUGACAUGGAGCUCAACAAUGAAAAUGACCUCAGUCUGGACCGAGAGCCCGAGCUAGAGAUGGAGAGCCUGACAGGAUCUCCUGAGGAGCGCUCCAGAGGAGAGUACUCCUCCACCCUGCCACCCACCACCUCCAGCUAUAACUCUGGCACCUCACCCACCUCCAUCUCCUCCAUGGAGGAUGACAGUGACAGCAGUCCCAGCCGCAGACAGAGACUGGAGGAUGCCAAGCAGCAGAGGAAAGCCCGGCACCGCUCCCAUGGCUCCCUGCUGCCCACCAUCGAGGACUCCUCUGAGGAGGAUGAGCUGAGGGAGGAGGAGGAGCUGCUGCGGGAGCAGGAGAAGAUGAGGGACCUGGAGCAACAGAGGAUCCGCAGCACGGCCAGGAAGACCAAAAGAGACAAAGAGGAGCUGAGGGCCCAGAGACGCAGGGAGAGAUCCAAGACGCCCCCCAGCAACCUCUCCCCCAUCGAGGAUGCCUCCCCUACUGAGGAGCUGCGACAGGCUGCAGAGAUGGAGGAGCUCCACCGAUCCUCUGCCUCAGAAUACUCCCCCCAGAGCCUGGACUCAGAGGCUGAGGGAUACGAGUCUAAACUCUACAAGUCUGGCAGCGAAUAUAACCUGCCCACGUUCAUGUCUCUGUACUCUCCGACCGAGAAGUCAUUGACGACCACGACGAUCACUGCUCCCUCCAGCAGCAAGCCCCUGAAGAGUGCUGAGGAGGUGUAUGAGGAAAUGAUGAGGAAAGCUGAGUUGCUGCAGAAACAACAGAAACCGCAGCAGCAUCAGAAACAACAGAAACCGCAGCAGCAACAACAGAAACAGCAGCAGCAACAAGGGAGACACAACAGUACAUACAAGGAUGACACAAAUGGCCAACAGUAUGAAGACGAGUACGAGUAUAAGCAGGCAGAGACUGGCUAUGAAAACGAAGCAGCAGAGACAGGAGACAUCUACGAAGAGAUCCGCCAGACCUCCCAGAACAUCACUAAGAUGCACCAGUCCUCCGCCCUGGAGUUACAGCAGCAGGCAGACGACCAGGUGGAAGUAGACAACAGUACCUAUCCAGAUAAGCAGCUUUUAGAUACUGGGUCAGCCUUCACUAAGCUGCUUGAGCAGACCAAUGACCUGUUGACUCCUGGCACCAGCCCCACUCAGCUCUCUGCACCUGUGUCCUUCUCUGAGACCGGAGGAAGGAUCCCUGAUGUACGGGUGACACAACACUACUCAAAAGGGAUGAAGAUCCAGACGGGUAAAAAUGGCAUCACUCCAGUGGCGGUCGUCACCACAAUAGCCGCCUACGGGGUUUAUUCCCGGGAUGCAGUGACCAUCUCCCAGACCAGCGUUAGUCAAACGAUGACUACCACCCAAUCCACCAUGUAUGGUCGGCAAACUGGAGGUCCCACCACUUCAACCACAACCGUCUCAAAUGUGUGCAGCAAGAUAGCGGAGAUAACACAGGCAUACAGCCAGAGAGAGGUGGUUGCGAGGAGCGUGGGGGAGAACCGAGGGGUCCAAGUCAGAGACAGUGCAACAUCUUCAGAGCACGUCAUAGAGACCCGCUCGCCAAAGAUGUCUUCGUACUACAAGAGCUCCAGCCCCCCUCUGUCUCCCUCCCCAUCGCCCACUGAGAGCCUAAGUCGCUCCCCCUCCAGGAGGGUCGAGAUCUCCACCCAGACGUUCAGCCCAGGCAUAGUGGCUCCGUCGGCUGGCUCAGGGCCCACCUCCCCAGUGAUGGUCCAGGGGACCCAGACAUCUCACAGAGUCGUAUCCCCACGUCUUUUCAGACAGCAAUCCUCCCAGGACUCCCACUACAUGGACACCGAGCACACAAGCCCUGCCAAACCAGUGACGGUCAACACAGCCACCUCACCUUUAUCCUCGCCCACCAGAUUCAGCCGACAGUUGACAUUAGAUGGCUACUCUCCACAGGCCAGUCCGCCAGACAGCCCUCCAUACCACCAGUCUCCUCACCGCAGCUUCUAUAGGAUGCAGAAGGUGGAAAAGGUCAAUGUUGGCACCAGCAUGGUCACCACAGCUAGCACCUACAGCCGUGGUUCGAUGUCUAUGGACAACAUCUCUCUCUGCAGGAUCUCCACUGUCCCUGGGACCUCGAGAGUGGAGCAGGGCCAGAUGAUCUAUGGUGGGAGCGUGGUGGAUCUGAGAACAGUGGAUCUGAGAACAGCCACUAUACCAGCUCCCAUCAUCAUGACUGACCACGGCAUGGAUCUUACCUCUCUGGCCACAGAAACACGCAAAUACACCAGUGGGCACGAGGGGAGCCACCCUUCCACCAUCAUUCAGCCUCUCAUAAUGAACCUGAACACCCAGCAGCACCCCCAUGUGAUGGUAUCAACCGCAACCACGGUGAGCGUCACGGUGGCCGCCUCCAUGUUCAUAUCACAGCCUCAACAGCCCAUGGUCUACGGGGACCCUUUACAAAACAGAGUGGACCUGGGCCAGGGUUUGGGCUCAGCCAUGUGCCUGUCACAGAACAAACCACCACCCACUGACCCAUCCAUCCCCAAGAUUGAUGCCAAGCUGGAGGACCUGAGCAUCCAGCAGCAGCAGCUGAUGGAGCAGCAGCAGAAGCUUCAACAGCAGCAGCAGCUCUUGGAGCAGCAGCUCCAGCAACACCAUCAGAUGCAGCAGCAGUCCUCCUUAGGUCGGUACAACCUACCAGGCCAGAUGACUCUGCUCAAAAAGGACCUUCUGGUCAGCCAAACCAGCAACUCCCCAGCCGUGGUCAGUGCUAUAUCCUCCUCCGUCGCCCCUGACAUCUACAGCACUGGAGGUCCCCUGGAGCUGAAGAGCAAGCCAAUCCCGGCAGGUGUGAUGAACCUGGCAGGCGGUGGGCCUCAUGGCAUGAUGGUCCAGAUGAAUGGAGCCCCACAGGGAGGACCAGUGACCCAGCUGGUGAAGACAGAAAAGAGCCAGGAUGCCGUGGACCUCACAGGGGGGCAGAUCAAAGCUGAGAACCAACCGGCCUGCUGUGAUGUAGUGUACCGCCUCCCAUUCGGAGGUAGCUGUGUUGGUGGUCCGUUCUCCCAGAAGCAAAAUGUUGAUGAGACAGUGGCCACUCAAGAGCCAAGACCACCCUCUGCGCCACCACUCUCCUACGAGUCGGACCAGGAGGGCCAGUAUCAGGAUAUUUCUAUGGACGGGCGUAAAGCCUACACACUACCGUACCCUGGGCGGCUACAGCCCUCGAUGUCUGACACCAACCUAGCAGAGGCCGGACUCCAGUCCUACCACUCCAAGAUGGACCCACACAUCACGGCCUCUGGAGAGCUGGCCGUGGACCUCAGCACCAUGAAGCAUGCCUAUGAGGGAGGCUUCCUGGGACUGGGCAUGCAGUACGGCUCCUACACUGACCUACGCCAUGGGGGUGACCUCACUGCUACUGCCCUGCCCAUACGCAGAUUCAACUCCCUGUCAAACAUUAGCUCAGACUAUGGCUACUCACCCCGAGACCUCGCUAACUUCCAGGAGUCCAACCUGGCCCAGUACAGUGCCACCACUGCCAGAGAGAUCAGCCGAAUGUGCGCUGCCCUCAACUUAAUGGACCGCUAUGGGAGCAAUCCGGAGCUUGUGCAGUACGGUGUAGGAAGGGGAACAGGUCCAGGUGGCAGGCUUAACUCUAUGAGACAAAAUAUGCUCUACGGACCUGAUGGGAAGCCAAUCUCUCAAACCCAAGCGCUCACCAACAUGAUCAAUGCCAGGCAAGCCAGCCUCCGAGCCAUGUACCCGUCUGCCAUGAGGUCUGCUGAUGGAAUGACCUACUCCACCAUCAACACGCCCAUCGCAUCCACCUUGCCAAUCACUACCCAGCCUGCCUCAGUGCUGUGCCCACUACUGAGGGGAGUGUACAGGCCUUUACCCACUGCCAACAUGACACCCGUGCCACUGGCCAGCCUCACCAGAAUGCCUGUGAACCCAAGGAUGCCUUUGUCUGGGCAGGCUCCAUACCGUUAUCCGGCUCCCAACAUCUUCCCAUUCACCACGUCGGCCCCUGUGAGCAUGCCUGCUGCUAUCACCACUACCCAGGAUGCCCCAGUCUACCUAGGGAAGCCCUCUGUGAAAUCAGGUGCAUCUGAUCCAUCAUCUCAACCUCUCUUUGCCCAUACAUCAGCCCCAGUCAGCUUGCCAACAGAGCCCCAGCAGCAACCCAUGAACCUGACCCAGGCUCACCUCCACACUCAGGCCCCAGGGCAGCCCCGGGUCCAGCCUCAGAACCAACCUCCAGCCCAGCCCCACCACAUGCAACCUCAAUCCCAUCCUCAGAGCCAGCCUCCACCCCAGAGCCAGCCCCCUCCAGCUCACAUUUACCCUCCAACACAAAGCUACACUGGGCCCCAGAGCAACACCCAGCCCCCUCCGUCUGGCCCACCCUCCAGCAGCCCAGUCAACACUGCGACGGAGACGGAGGAAAGGAUGCAGCGCCAGCAUGAGCAGCUGUUGCAAAUGGAGCGGGAGCGUGUGGAGCUGGAGAAGCUGCGUCAGCUACGUCUGCAGGAGGAGCUGGAGAGGGAGCGCAUGGAGCUGCAGCGGCACCGCGAGAAGGAGCAGAUGCUAGUGCACAGGGAGAUUCAGGAGCUUCAGACCAUCAAGGAGCAGGUCCUGCAGCAGCAGCAGGCUGAGAGGGAGAGCCAGCUGGUGAUGCAGAAGGAACAGUUGGCCCAGCAGAAAGCCCAGCUCGACCAGAUACAGUCGCUGCAGCAGCAGCUUCAGCAGCAGCUCGAGGAGCAGAGGAGGCAGAAGACUGCUGCAGCUGCUGCUGCUGCAGCCGCCGCAGCCGCUCAGGUGGACCAGAACGGCCAGACCCUGCUGCCCUAUGGAGAUCAAGUGGGCUUCAUUUCCCUGCCCAACUCCUCCUCGGACAUGUGUCUAAGGAACAAUGAAGAGCACAUAGAGACCAGAACCAACAUGAGGAGGCAGAACUCCACCUCCAUGCCCCGGCUGAGGGACGGAAUGGAGGGUGAGAGCAUCCAGUUCUAUGGAGCACGGAGGAUCGUGGACAGCUGUGUCCAGACAGACGAAGAGGAUGGCGAGGAGAGAUACAUCAUGUCCCGGCGCAGACGCAACAGGCGCAGUGUAGACUGCAGUGUCCAAACCGAUGAUGAUGAGGAGAAAGUGGAGUGGGAGCAGCCUGUGAGGCGCAGGCGCUCUCGCUUCUCUAAGCACUCGGAUCCCGUGGCCGAAAACAAGACAGACACAGCCUCCAAGACAGCCGCCUCAUCCAGUAUCGCCAUCCAGACCAUUCGAGAUAGCGCCUGUCAGACUGAAACAAACCAACUGGGGAAAGUGUCCCCGGCUAUCCACGUCACCGUGCCAGACCCAAACAAAGUCGAGAUUAUCCACUACAUCUCAGGCCCUGAGAGGACCCAGAAGGGCCAAAGCCUAGCCUGCCAAACAGACAUUGAGGCCCAGUCUCAGGGCGUGGUGGUGCCUCAGCUCAGCGUGCCCACCACCGUCAGCCCCUACUCCACAAGCAUCCAGCUGGUGGGGUCCGCCGACCCGCGCCAGCAGCAGAACAGGAGGAGGCCAGACCCCCUAGAGAUCAGCUACCAGACCCAGCCCAUGAACCACCUCCACAAUGAGUCCCUCUCCAGCCUGAUCCGUCAGCCCCCCAAGUCCCCCCAGGUGCUCUACUCCCCUGUUUCCCCCGUAUCCCCCCACCGCCUCUUGGAGACGUCCCUCUCCAGCGGCGGGCUGAACAAGGCCCACGUCACCCCCCAGCAGAAAGCCUACACGGUCGAGUCACCCCAGCGCCACCCCAGCAUGCCCCGGCCCAUUAAGAGCACACAGAGGUCCAUGUCGGACCCCAAGCCCCUAAGCCCCACUACAGAUGAGACAACCAAGGCCAGGCUAAACCUGUACCAGCAGCAAGCUCUUCAGAGCCAGCUGGCCGCCCUGCAGCAGAGUGCCCUGAGGAAGGUGAAGAGGACCCUGCCCAGCCCCCCUCCAGAGGAAAGCCACCUCCCCAUCAUCACUCCGGCCCUCCCCCAGAUGUACAUGCCGUCCGUGCCCUCCCUGAGGGCCGGAACCAGGCCAGGUCUGGCAGCCAAAGCCAGCCUGCUGAAGGACCUCACCCACGAGCUGAAGGCUGUGGAGCAGGAGUCCACCAAGCUCCGCAAGCAGCAGCAGGAGCUGGAGGAGGAGGAGAAGGAGAUUGAUGCCAAGCUGCGCUACCUAGAGCUAGGCAUCCAUCAGCGCAAGGAGACCCUGGUGAAGGAGAGGGAGAGGAGGGAUAUGGCCUAUCUGCGCUGCAUGGGCGACCCGCGAGACUACAUGUCAGACAGCGAGCUGAAUAACCUGCGGCUGGCGGCCGCUGUAGCUUCCUACGAGAGCAACGGGGUGCUGACCAGACCCAGCACAGCACCAAUGAGCCAGUUCACCAGCGACUUCAACACAGCCGCCCAGUUUCCUCCCACCUCCUCCUUCGUCUCCUACCAGUCCUACCACACCCUGAGCCAGCCAGCUCCAGCUCCCCAGCCCGGCACCCCUUACCAGACUGCAGCCUUCAACCAGCCCCCCUACCCUUCAGUGUCCCAGGCAGCGGCUCUCCCCCAGCCCACCCCCCUGCAGACCCAACAUCCUCCCCCAUCCUACCAGACCCAUUCCUUCUCCUCCCACACAUUCCCACAGAGUCAUCCCCCCUACCCGACAGAGCAGGGUGUGCACCCACUGCCUCAGCAACAGCCUAGCCACCAGGGAUUCCAGCAUGCCCAGCCUGGCCAACCUCCCUACCCCACCCACACCUCUCCAUACCCCAGUCAGGUGUCCUACCCAGCUGGCCCUGGGCAGAUCACUCCCUACCAGCCCCAGGUAGACAUCCUCACUGUCCACCAGAGACCGAGACAGACCUCGCUGGCUGACCUGGAGCAUAAGAUGCCCACCAAUUAUGAGGUUGUAAGCAACCCCACUGUAGGGGUGACCACCACGGCCCAAGACACCAUCUACUCCUCCUCCAGUGGGGCACCCCCAUACGGACAGUAUACUGGUGGUACCACCAUGGUCAACACUUAUGGGCCAUACUCUACGGCAGUCUCCAGUACAUAUGGCCAGUACACCACGACAGUAUCCAACACAUACGGGCAGCAGUACACUUCCACCCCGGCCAGUACGUAUGGCCAGUAUACCACCACCACAGCUAACACCUAUGGCUACACCACCACUACAGCCAGCUCCUACGGCCAAUACACUGCGACAGUGGCCAACAGCUAUGGCCAUGGCACUCCAUCUGACCGUCUGCACUCAGUUGACAGCCCCUCUACCUACGCACAGGACGGUCUCUAUGGUCCCGCAAGCCUGGAGCAGAAUGUCCCAAGGAACUACGUCAUGUGCGAUGACAUCAGCGAGCUGACCAAGGAGGGCCUGGGCGGCACAGUGGACAUGCACCGGAGCGACGGCCACGGUGGACGCUACGCAGGGGAGAGCGGUCCGGCGAGAGGAGGAAGCUCCUACGGCAGGCCGGAGGACGAGCUGACCAGGGAGGAAGACCUGUAUGAGCACCACAGCAGGGCCUACCAUCUUGGCCAGGAAGAGACGGACUGGUUUGAGAAGCCCAGGGACCUGCGCUCUAGCUCCCGCCACUAUGGCAGUGGUGGCCACUCCUCGUCCGGCCGUAGCCGCCACGUCAAGCACACCUACCACGACUAUGACGAGCCCCCAGAGGAGGACCUGUGGCCCCAGGACGAGUACGGCCACAGCCGCCAAUCUUCCACCUCGCGAGACCAUCGCCACCACGGCAGCACCAGCUCUGGGAGACACUCCGCCUCGUCCCGCCAUUCAGACGAACCGCGCACCUCACGCUCCUCCAAGGGCCACCCCAAAGACCCGUCCAUGCGCCACGACUCCCGCCAGAUGUCCUCGUCAGGGAAGAGGGGUGACCCGCGCUCCCAGGGGGGGUAUCACUCAUCGGACUACUCCAGGGACCCGUCGGGCCACCACCACAGCCAGGGCCGCUCCUCCAAGUCCUCAUCCUCGCACGAUGGGCGGACGUCCUCCAGGAAGCAGCAAGAACUCCAGGGUCACCCUCCUUCCUCCUCCAGGGGCCAGGGCAGCUCUGGCCGUGUGCCAGGAUCCGCCGGUGGGCCCCCGGGCUCUAGGGGGCAGGGUCCUACCUCCCAGCAGGACGGGCUACAGCAAGGCCAACGCACCCAGCUGCAGCAGCAGCCCCAGACCUUGGCGGCACGACAGACAGGCUCCACCCCUGCAGGCACCACCCCUGGGGGCCAGCAGCCUCUGGGCCUGGCCCAAGCCCAGCAGGGUCUACAGGCCAAGCCUGGUCAGCUUGGUCCUGGUCAAGCCGGUCGCCAGCCACAGGCAGGAGGCCCACUGGGGCAACUGCCACCAACUGCGCAAGCACCUGUCGCAAACACACCCCCUGUGACUGCCAUAGGGGCCAAAGCUGUCAUAGGAGGGGCAGCCCAACCUGCAAAAACACCUCAACCCCCACUCACAGGAAUAGGCUCCAAGGCCGCCCCUAGACCCAGUGGCAUCGGGAGCGCAGCAACAGGUCAACCGGGGAUGGAGGGGGAUAGUCUCCUCUCUAAAGUGCUACCAGGAAACCCUGCAGAGGCAGCAGGAAAACUAGGAGAAGCUAUCUCCGGUUUCGGCAAGAAGUUCACCUCGUUGUGGUGAGGUGUUGAGAUGAUGGUGUCUGUAAAUGUUAAGGAGGACGUUGUGAGGCUUCGUACCAGAAAAACCUAGGAAGACCCCUGCUUUGUUUUACUAUGAGAGAGAGAGAGAGAGAGAGGGAGGGAGGGAAAGAUAUAGCCAUCGAUAGAGGAAAUCUGAGCGCACUGCCAAUGAGGACAGGAAUCAAUGGAUGCUGAAUGUCCCAGGCCUGAGCCCACGAUUGCAGAGAAACAAUGCUGCUUUCUCUGGCAGGCCAGACAGUCGUUUUGAGGCCACCAGGCUGCAAUGCCCACAGCCAAAGAACCAGGCCCCUGACACACUGGGACCCCCAGAACACCCUAGGGCUGUGGUCUGCACUGAGGUCACAAGCCCCGAGGACCAUUCCAGAGAGCGGCUAGCUGGAUAGAGAGCCUGUUCCCCCUGGUCUCUGCCUCUGUCCGGGUUUUCAGCACCAACUCGCAAACAGCCAUUAUCCUUUGGGGAAUGGGCUCUGUACUAAGGAAUCUCCAUCCAGCUGCUCUGUAAGAGGAUGGGAGGGAGCCACAAUACUGUGACACCCCAGCACACUGAUGAUGCUGUCCUCUAGUCCAGUGGUUCCCAACCUUUUUUCGGGUAACUGAAUUUUGAUCUGCCCGGAGUACCCCUGAAGUACCCCCUCAUGUGCAUUUUACCAGUCGGCCUACUAUCUCAUGAGUCUUCUCAAGUACCCCCCUGUUGAUAGGCCAAAUACUCCCAGGAGUCCUAGUACCCCUGGUUGGGAACCACUGCUCUAGUCUGUGGGCUGUUGUGCUGCUGCCUGCUGGGGGUGGAAUACAUCCCAGGGGGCGUGGCCAUGGUGGCAGGUUUAGGAUCCUUGAUUCCGUACGCCUGUGCUCAGACACACUCUCCUUUCAUCUCCGAAAUAAAGAAAAGAAAACUGAAGCGCUUCGUAGGUUUUUCUGGUACUAAAUACUUCCUGUUUCAUUUGGAUGCUGAUAACAAUUUAGGGAAGAAGAAGAAGAAAGAAAGAAAAAACACAAUAAGGAUGACUAGCAUGACGACUCCACGGUUUGUUCUGGUUUUAUCUUUACAUUCCAGAAUGAAAGAAGGCACCGUUUUUUUUUUUAUGCUGACUCAUUCUUUUUUUUUCAUGUGUCUAAGAAGUGUAUAGUGGAUUUAGGAUUUUGAAUGCAUGGAACUUUAUAUCCAAGACCUUACACUGUUCACCAUUUCAAUCACAGAGGCCAUAAGACACUGGUUAAUAAUAAAACUCAUUUAAAAUAAACUCCAAAAGAAGACAAGGUGGACAUAACACUGAAUCUGGCUACAGAGUGGGAGAAUCAUCAUUCGGGAGGUUUUGGUUGCACCAUGAGAGCCGAAUGUGGCUAGUUUUUUUUGUUUUUUUGCCAUUACCGAGCCAUUAAUUAGAAAAUAAAAAACAUCCCCGGAACGUUUGGGUUCAUAGUGUUUCUGAACCUUCCCACAACGUUUGGAUCUCUGGUGUUUGUUUUUUUACAACAGUUUUUUGUUCUCGCUCUGUAUUUGCCUGAUUUUCUGUUACAUGAUAGCGGAUUCGCCUUAAUCAUGCCAUUGUUUUUAUUUAGAGUAAAGUGACUUAAAUAUCUUAUUUUUGUACUCCAUGUUGUGUCCAUAAAGCUUAUUUUCAUUGCAGACUUUUUUUUGUAUGUGAUAAUGAUGUCAGCUGGAACAAUAGCUGUGAGAUUCAUUUAAUAUUUUUGUAUGUUGUUUCACUUUUAGGUUUGAAAUGAUUUAUAUGAUUUAUUUUUCAUACAUUUAUGUGUUUAUGGUUGCCAUAAUAAUUGAUUACGUUAUUUAUUGAUUUAUGAUUAUUAAUAAUGAAAAUGCAAUAGUAUGUGGAAGGAAGUCAGUAAAGAGCACAGUCUUGUGUCAUUUAAAAAAAAUCAGUGGUCAGGAAUGUGUUGCCUCUGUCUGCAUAUCUGAGUUGUGCAAUUUUCUGCUAUCACAUCUUAACAGGGCCACACCUGGGUCAGAUUCACUAGGCACCAAACCGAAGAAACAAUGGACUGAAACAGGGAGGGACUACCUGAAAUUGUCCAAUAAGAAACCCUACUUUUCAUUUUCCGUUGUAAAACGUUUUGCAACAGUGUGCUCUAAUGAAUACGACCCUGGAAAUCCAUUCUUGUACUUUGUUACUGCCCAGACAAGGCACAUAAUAUCUGCCCAUUUUGAUAUGUGAGCACUGCAAGACAGCAGAGAGGCACUGAAUACAAACCAGUGCAAAUCACCAUUGAAUCUGACUUGAAGUACUUUAGCAUUCUUUUGUUGACUGUCAUCAUCGUCAAUGGGUUUUCAUGUUCUCUGGCUAACUACAAAUGUUUUAAUAUCCAAAAGAACACAAAAGGGAAAAGAGAUAAUACUUACUGACAAGUAGUACAUAUAUAUGUGUUUCAAAUAUACUGAAGUUGACACACUGGAGAAACCUAGUCUGCGCACUCUCACAUAUGGCGAUAUGAGUUAUGUGCACGUUCAAGGUGUUUGGAGCGUUAGACGCUGAAGGGUCAAAGACACAGUUGGUUCAGUCACCGAUAGUUAUUUGCCUUUUGUUUUUGCGACCAAACUGCAAACCCCAAGAUGUUGACAGUUGUCACAGAAACCUCUCAGGUCAGUGUUCUUCCUGCUGUUCUUUGCAGUGCAGUGUAGUUGGACUGGUCAGGUGGGACUGGUCAGGCACUCCGAUGCUACAGAGGCCUACUGAUGGGAUCCCAAACCUGAUGUAUAUUGUCUCUCUCUCUCUCUGUGUGUGGACGCUGGGAUAAAGCAUGCUCCGGCAAAAUCUCAGUAACAGUCACUUCUGUAUAGUUACGUUCCUGAUGUCUGUGUGUAUGUGUGAGUAUGCGUGUGUUUCUCAUCAUCCUAUUACAAAACAAACCAAUAUUUGACAAAUAAAACAUAAGUGUGUGGUCGACAGCAACUUUUCCAUUUCAAACAUUCUAUGCAAUUAAUCAUAUUUAGGGGAAAUACUAGGGAAGAAAAAAAACAACUGAAUACCACUAUCGUUGUCAUGCCUGAGAAAAAUACUGCUUUAUUGUAGCGUUCCUGCUACAAAAACAAAAUUGACUUGUUUGUAUUUAGCUACAAUACUUUUAAGUCAGGAAUUUGAUUCAAUGUUUUUUUUUGUUGUUGGCAUGUUUGAGUCUCCUCACUGAAAAUUGGGACCUGUUGCCAAAGGAUUAACUAUAUAGGCACCCUAAAAACGGCACGCUAUUUCUAUUUGUGCACUAAAGGCUAUAGUGAAUCGGAUGCCAUUUUUUUUAAUGUAGAAUACUGUCAUGAAAGUCUGCCAUCUUAUUGCUUCAAGCAUGGGUUGCUGGGUACAGUGAAUGGUCUUCUACGUACAGUACAGCAGUUUGUGCACUUCUUUUUUCGUAAAGUGAAUAAAGCUGCUGAAGAAUUAAGCCAAUACUAUGAAGAGAUUAAAUAUAUCAAUUAUAUAUACAGUACCAGGCAAAAGUUUGGACACCAACUAAUUUUUUUAAUCUACACUGUUAUCUACACUGUAACUAUGAAAUAUCACAUAUGGAAUCGUGUAGUAACCAAA